AUGGUUCCAAUUCACUUCGAUGAAUUGGAAGGACAUAAAGAAAACAUAGUUUCGUUAACUGGAGGGAGGUCUGCCAGUAGGCUACUGAAAUCUAUGAAGAAACCAUUGGAGACCUCUUACGACAUAAGGCUUUCGUUUGAAAAGCGUAUUCACGAUACCCUGGAUGAACUAGAUGAUCCAUUAGAAGUAUUUAUAGAAUACAUUAAUUGGAUACAUGACACAUACCCUUCUCCUACUACUAGACAAUCAGGACUACCCGAAAUAUUAGAAAGGUGUAUUGAGUAUUGUAAAACAAUCGACACGUACAAAAACGAUGUCAGAUAUGUGAAAAUAUGGCUACAGUAUAUCGAAUUUUUUGCUAUAAGGCCCGAGGAGAAAAAGGACAUGUUUGUUUAUAUGAUGAGGCUUAAGAUUGGGGACAAAUUGACUUUGUUCUAUGAAAGUUUUGCUCAACUAUUAAUAAAUAGAGACGCAUUCGGAAAUGCGCUCGAUUUGGUAGAUCGUGGUAUAGAGAAAGGAGCAAGACCAUUAGUACGACUUAAAAGGUUCAGGAUGCAGAUUGAAAAAAUCCUGCAAACCCGUGGAUUGGUAGGUCAAGAUAUACAAAGGAACUCUAUACCUUUUGAGAUUCAAGGUGAACUUGUGCUUGGUAGAUAUAUAAUGGAUGUACAUCAACGAAACCACAGGAGCAUUAAUGGAAACUUCGAUAAUAAUAGCAUUAGUGGAAAUACCAGUGAAGAAAGGUCUCAUAGCUCCCAAAGGUCAGCAGGUACCGGGAAACUGCAAAUAUUUUCAGAUAAAAAUGAUGUUGAGCAAGGUUCCAGUAACUUUAAGUUUGAUGGUGAUAACUUCUCAAUCCCCUCAUUCACAGAACGGAAUAAAGAGAAUAGCAUAAAGCCUAUCCCCUUAAAGUCUGGUUCAGUUAUAGCCCCACUAAACCAAUCUAAUGAAUAUCUGCCGAGAGAUGUGGACAGAAUCCCAAUUUUCAGAGAUGACCUCGGCAGAACUUCCCCAGUAUACAAAAUUAUAGAAGUUCCCGGUAGGAAGCCAGAAAAAGUUCAAAUAAACUUUAACCUAUUGUAUCCUACUGAUAAUGAAGAGUAUUGUCUUGAAGAAGUUUUAGCAAUCGCUAAAAACUGUUAUACCAAAAAGAAAACUUCAAGUUUGAAACAUAGUUUAGAUGAGACUACUACGGAACGGACUCCACCUUUAAAGAUGAAAGGAUUAAAACCAAAAUCUCCCGAAUAUCAGAAGGUUACAACUACAUCAAUACUACCAUUGAAAGGAGAUGUCGAAGUAAAUGGAAUGACUGGUCAUUCUGAUGGAAAGUCGAAAUCUCCUACGGUUACGAUGUUUUCAAAGGAUGCUAUGAACGAAGUGUACUCAAUGUUCAAUCAGAGUUAUCAUGAAACAAAAUUAUAUUCUGAUCAUGAUGAUACAACAACAGGGAAGUUCACUAUGUUUGAAAAUUUUCAGGACGAUCUCAGUACAAAGAACCUCGAUGAUUUGACCGAAGUGAAGCAACCAUCAGAAAAAAUUGGCUCAUUGGAUAGUAACAACGUUACCCCUGCAAAAGACAAUGAUGUAGAAUCUACAACGCCAGCUUACAAGAGUAAGUUACAGGAAUACAUGACACCAAUCCAAGAAAGAGCUGAAUCAACAUUUAAAAGCGUAAUUUCUCAAGAGGACGAUAUGACAGAAGAAUCAAGAAGGAAAAGUAUAAACUCAAUUAAUACAGCAGAAUCAUCUCCAUUUCUUACUCAACCCCAAAGGCUACUAGAUAACUCAUCAAGAUAUCAGAUAGUAGAGAAUCCGUUAAGCUUACAACUUCGAACGGAAUUAUUAGCCUCUUUAAACCCACCAUUAGCCACCUAUCCGACAUAUUACGAGUAUUCGCAGCAACUUAAAAUGAGUUCUCUAUUAAAGAGAAUACAGAAAGUCUCAAAAAAUAUGAACAAGAAUCCAAUAGUAGAUUUUAAAAAGACAAAUGAUCUAUACUGUAUUAGACGAGAGUUAGGUGAAGGAGGUUAUGCGACAGUCUAUCUCGCUGAAUCAAGUACCGGCCAAUUGAAUGCGUUGAAAGUAGAAAAACCUGCAAGUGUAUGGGAAUUUUAUAUACUAAAGCAGAUUGAAAGAAGAGUACCCGAUGAGAAUAUACUAAAAUCAAUCAUUAAUGUCAGUGCUUUACAUUGCUUUCAGGACGAAAGCUAUCUUGUUUUAAAUUAUGCUAACCAAGGCACAAUAUUAGAUCUUGUUAACUGGGAGAGGGAAAAAAAUGGUGGUGCUUUGGAUGAAUGUCUUUGUAUGUUCAUUACAGUCGAACUCAUGAGAGUGCUAGAAUGUAUUCAUGAUGUGGGUAUAAUUCAUGGUGAUAUAAAACCUGAUAACUGUAUGAUCAGAUUUCAGAAAGUGUCUCACUUGGGUAAAUAUUUUGCCAACGGAGAAAAUGGAUGGAAUAGCAAGGGGAUAUAUUUGAUUGAUUUUGGUAGAUCGUUUGACUUAUCUUUGUUCCCACUGGGUACGAAGUUCAAAUCAAAUUGGAAGACUGAUCAACAAGAUUGUCCAGAGAUGAGAGAGAACCGCCCUUGGAGCUAUGAAGCUGAUUACUACGGUCUUGCUGGUGUUAUUUUUUGUAUGUUGUUUGGCCACUAUAUCGAAACAGUCAAAGUGCAAAACGAUAGAUACAAGCUUAAAAGUUCUCUCAAACGUUAUUGGCAACAAGAUAUUUGGGGUCCAUUAUUCGAUUUAUUAAUCAAUAGUGGAAACCAUGGAAGUACUCUUAAAAGCGAUCUCAGAUCAUAUAGGGAAAGAAUGGAAUUAUACCUUGAGAGAGACUCAGGAAUGAAAUUACGAAAUAUCGUCUUGAAUCUUGAAUCUGAUCUUGAACAUCUCGGAAAAUAA